AUGGUGAUGCUGUUAUGGAUUACAGUGGUGCUUUUUAGUCACAAUUCUGCACAAAUGAACGCUGUUGAUCAGCCGAACUCAGUGAUCACUGCUGCAUCUGGUGAUAACGUGACUCUACACUGCUUUCGAAUGGAAGAACGACACACUGAACCCAUCAUUUGGUACAAACAAGCAGUAGGACACGAGCCUCGUGUAAUGGUCACAGUUCAUAAACUAGCACAGAAUCCCAUUUUUGAAGAUGAGUUCAACUCGCCGAGGUUUACUGUUGAGAAUUUAAAAGAAAGCUGCCAUUUGAAAAUUACUAACGUGGAACCAUCAGAUGAAGCCAUGUAUUACUGUGGAUUAAAAAAGAUUGUAAUAUUGUUUGGAAAAGGAACAUUUUUAUCAGUAAAAGGUGAUGGAGAUGUAAAAGUGUCAGUGUUGCAGAGCAGUGUGAUGAACUCGGUUGCUGCAGGAGCGUCAGUGACUCUGCAGUGCUCGGUUCUCUCUCAGAGCAGAGCAGCACAUCUCCAAGUGCUCUGGUUCAGAGCUGCUCCACCACAAUCCCAUCCUCAAAUCAUUUACACUCAUCACAACAGCAGCCAUCAGUGUGAGAGCAGCUCUUCUACACACACCUGUGUGUACAGCUUCUCCAAGAACAUCCUCAGCCUCAAUGAUACUGGCACUUACUACUGCGCUGUGGCUGUGUGUGGGAAGAUCAUUUUUGGGAACGGGACACGAGUUCAGUUGGAGAGAUCUGUGGAAUCUGUAGUGAUCUGCCUCGCUGUAGCUUUGGGACUGUGUGUGGUCGUGAUCUUUGCUUUGAUCUUUGUCCUAACCUAUAAAAGAAGAAACUAUGAACAACGCAGGGUGAAAUUAAAACAAGGUUCUGUGACAGACAAGACCCUCAAUCAGGACUGUGACAAUGUGGAGCUGAAUUACGCUGCCUUACAUUUCAAUGAGAGGAGAGCCAAAAGAGGAAAAGUAAAGAAACAACAACCUCAAGAUAUUAUAUAUUCUGAUGUGCGAGGUCCUUCUGUAACUUAAAUUUGAUCUCUAAUCUGAUUCAGUGUCAUUAGUUCUGCUAUCAGGUUUAAUUUGUUACUGUAGAUAUGUUUUUGUUAAUGACUGUUCAGACUGAAUUUAACCUGAAAGCUGAAUGAUGUA